UCAGGCCGUCUGAAUGGAAUUGCAGCAUCACGAAGAGCUUUCUGUUGUUGUAGCUUAGCUUUUUCGUGUUCAGUAGUUAAACAAAAAUGUGUACCUCUGAGAAUUUGAGACAGUUCGUUGUCGGGCGGCUAACUGCUGCUGCCGAAGACAUUUUUGUAGUUUUUAGGAGAACUAUCAUGGAGUACGAGGCAGAAAUCGAUCGACAGCGCAGACUGCUGGAUAUCGUUCGGAAGUCUCACAUCGACUCACACAGAAUAGAUGUCCCACAGCAACAUGAGUGUAAAGAGGGUGAGGUUGUGGCUGACCAGCAGCUCCUUAACCAGGAGAGGACCUUCAGUCUGGACCAAGAGGAGCCAGAGCCUCCACAGAUUAAGGAGGAACAGGAGGAACUCUGCAGCAGUCAGGAGGGAGAGGAGAUAAUAGUGAAGCAAGAGACUGAUACAUUAAUGUGGAGUCCCAUUCAUGAGGACAGUGACCACAGUGAACCUGCACAACAAAAUGAACAGCAUCUCCUCUCUCCCAACUACUUUGCCAUUGAGAAUCAAGAUCCUGAGGAACGUGAGCAUAAAAACUCAGGAUCAAGUGGAACGUUAGAACCAGCACAAAAUACAAGCUUCUACUACACAAACCCAUCAGAGAUGGGCUGUUAUCCUCACCAAAGUCAGAAGCCUUUCAGAUGUGGCACAUGUGGGGAAGAGGUUAAGAAUAAAUCAGAAUUAAAGACACAUCAGCGUGUCCAUGAUGGUAAGAAGAUGCAUUCAUGCGAGAUUUGUGGGAAAAUGUUCAGUUCCAACUCACUGCUGACUAAACAUGUAAGAUCCCACACAGGUGAGAGGCCUUUCUCCUGCAACAUCUGUGGAAAAGGAUUCUCUCAGAUGACACAUUUGCGUAAUCACAUGAGAACUCAUACAGGUGAAAAACCAUACUCCUGUACUACCUGUGGGGCAACAUUUACAUUGAAAAGUAAUUUGGAUCAGCACACAAGAGUGCAUACAGGUGAAAAACCAUUUUCUUGCAAAGAAUGUGACAGGUCUUUUAAAUAUUUGCACAUCUUAACAGUUCACAUGAGAAGAGCUCACACAGGUGAGCGUCCAUACCUUUGUAAGACCUGUGGGAAAAGAUUCUUUGACUCAUCGAAUCUUUCACAACACAUGAAAUCACAUGAAGCCAAGUAGCCAUGUAAAUGCUUAUGUGCUGGAGAUCAUUAAUUUUCCAGUCAUAGAUUGAUCUCUGUAUUAAACACAAAACCAUUUUCCUUUGAGUGGAGGUUCACAUUAUCCUGGUGUAAAGAAGCUGCUCAUUUUUAAUAUUUCCUGCCAGGAUUAAUACCUAAUUGUUACACUUUUAUCCAAAACCUUUUUCUUUUAAUGUAACAAAUAAAAAAGCAAUUGGAGGACUGAUCUCAAUGAAUUUUGUGUUAAUGUUCAUGUAUAUUUUGGACAACACUAAUGCAUGAUGUUUCCCCACAGGCUUUGGAGCCAUAUUUUAGGUCAUUUAAGCAUGUCAAACUGUUUGUUGUGAAUUGUUUACAAUAUAUUUUUGCACAACUAACGUUUAUGUUUCUUAAAAGUUCUGCUUUUAGGUCAUCAUUUUAUUGUUGCAGGAUGCUGGUUAUUACUUUUGUGUGUGUGGACAAGACAGACUUCUUAAACUCAGCAUUGUCACAGUUGAAAUUUGAGCAGUAUGUGUAAUAAUCUAAAACGCACUCAAGGUUAUUUUUAAUAACAUCAUCUGAUGCCUUUCUACAUAGUGGUUAAAUGACUGACUUUAUGAAUUGAUCAAUGUGUCAAAAAUCCAGACAGUCAGCCAGCCUACCAUCACAUGUAAUUUUUAUGAUCUGUGAUCUGCAAUAUUUUUGUCUGGCCUUUUGAAUAACAAAAAAAGUAGCUUGAAAAUGUUCAAAGACACAAUGUGUUUGAAUACUUGUAGUUGUUUCCAUUUUUUUUAAGUAACUCUCUUUUUUCAAUGAAUUCAUACAAUGUACAUCACACUAUUUGCCACUGUGUAAAUGCAAUACAUUAAGUCUGGUUAAUAAA